AUCCGCCCUCGUGGUCUUCCAAGUUUCCGCAUGCACCUAAACGAACGUCUCCAUGAAUCAGCUUUUUGAAAUGAAUAUUUAGAACACUAAUUUAUAAGUCAUUCCGGCACUAUACCUCAUCCACAAGUCUUGUUAUAGUGUUGCAGGAUUUCAACUAUGGACUAUCUGUCAAGCAGGUUACUUUGCUGUCAGCAACUAUAACUAUAUUACGCGGUCAAUAAAAUCAUUCAUAAGUAGAUACGGAUUUUCCGAAAUGAGGUGCACUGUGAUAGUUACAAUGACCACGCUCGAGGAAAUGAUAUCACGUUCAUCGCAACAAUCUGCUGUUUCUAACUUUACUGGUAACAAAAAAGAAAACUAGCUCAGUUAUAAACCUCGUAGUGUGUCUCAGCAUGUGUUUGUUGUUUUCACUUCUAUCUCUGAGAACUGAGUUGUGAUUGGUCGAGUAGUCGAUUAUUUUGACAAAGGAACAAUGAACACGCCAUCUGUAGACCAAUAAGGACAGUUGUAACGUCAUAGAUCAGGGGAUUCCCCGUGUCAUCACGGUUCGUGUAUAAAAUCGUACUUGCUCGCUCCUGUUUUUAUCGAAGGUGGAUUCAUUUGGUUGUGUAAGCAAUCUUACCUGGAUUCACUCUUCUAUUUCAGUUUACUAGCUAACAGUGGUGAUUUUUAAAAGCCCUAUAGUUGAUGUCAAAAGUAAUGGGGGAGCUAACGGUGGAGGGUAUGGAGCUCAGCCACGAUGAAGACGAGAACGACAUUUCAACGGCGAGAGAUCAAGAAUUAGAAGAAUCGCCAGACACGUCACCUUCUGAUGGUUUUACUGCUAUAAUGAACGAGCAUCCAACAUCUAUAAACACUAUUAACAAUGAAUCACUGGGCAAUGGCGGUGUAGCUGGUGGAGUCAAGAAUGACGGCAUGAAAAAAACUCUAGUGUCAAGAGGAAGAAAGGGGGCCAAGAGGACUUCGACAAAAAAAAAAAUGUACAUAGAAAAGAUUGAUAGCCCGACACUGAUAAAUUUGCAUGAAAUGUCAUCUUAUGGUGCCAGUCACAGUUUUUAUACCACACCAGACAGCAGCGCACGUAAAGAAGAUCAUAGAAACUUAUCUUUUUCGACAAAACACCGUUGGACCGUUGGCGCCAAAACUACAACCUGUCGUGCUCUCGAAUUUGGUGGCCGAGUUCCUGAUCAUUGGGAGGAAUUAUCAAAACGAUCCGUCCCAUCAGAUCCAAAGACUGGUACAAGACUUUCAAGUACUCAGUCUAAGAUAGCUUAUCCUUGUCGUAAACGAAAAGCUUCUUCUAGUGCUGCAAAACGGGGAAAGCUGGUUCAUGGCGGCGGCGGGCAUUGUACGAUCACUAGGAUUGAGAAGAACGUUAACAUUAAUAUCGCUGAGAACGCAGGGUACCUCGUCGUUGGGAAUAAUACCAAGAUUAAUAUUUGCAAUUGUGUAAAAGAAAAUAAAAAUGAGCUAGCAGACAUCGAAGAAGUAGAAGCAGAUGGCUCUUAUCCAUCAAUUUCUCCUAAAAAGUCACUGAAGGUUACAGCGGACGAAAAUUUCGAGAAAUUCAUGUAUGCCUUUCAAGACAUCAUCAACCGUCUUCAUCCUUUGAGGGACAAAGGAAGGUUCAAAGAAUUUUACAUCGUGGCUGAAGGCUUUGCAGGAUCAAGUGAACCACAUAUACAAAUUCUUAUAUUGAUAGAAAAGAGUAUGGCUCUGAGCUACCAAAAAGAAUUUACGAAGUCAAAGGAGAUUAUUGAUGAAGCAAUGAAGAUGAUAUCGAACAACCUAGGGGUCGAAAUGAAGAACUUUCUGACAGCCUAUUCACAUGUCCACCUCACAGGACUAAGCAGACGCCAAAACAGGCUGACAGAGGCAAAUAAGUUUGUUUCCACUGCUAAGCAAAACGAGGAGUUUACUCCUUUUAGUAUAGCUAGAGUAUUCAUUGCUUAUGAACAUGCUAGUAACUUGACUAAGACGCUGUCCCUAAUGAACGUUGAUGAAGACGAACCAUGGCAAAUUAUGAAAGAAGACGCCAGUAAGAGCCUCAGAGAGUGUAUUACAUUAUCACAGAGAAUACAUGAAACAAACAGCUCCAUUUAUCUCCAGAGACCACAAUUCAGCUUGGUUAAAUUGGCGUUAAUGAACCUUAACUGUCGGACAAAGACAUCACGCACCCAACCAGUGGAGGAAGAAAGUAUCCAGGAAGCUGAACGAUGCAUCAAGAAGAUGGAAGAGUACGAAGGUGACAUCAGUGAAGCGCUAUCUAUACAGCUCUACGUAGCAAAGAGCGACCUAUGCUUUCGAACAAAGGAUUUUCUCCAAGCCAAAAGCUUGGCACAACAAGCAUUGCAUAUAGCCGAAGAAAACACUUUUAGUUUGGAAAUUGAACCGAUCCAAGAUAGAUUAAAGGACAUUAAUAAAUUAUUGACUUAAUUGUCCCGAUCGAGUAGACUAAGGUAACUCCAGAUAAAUAUUAAUUUCAAACAUAUUCAAGAAUACAGAUGCAUGCAAACAUUCAAAUUCAAGGCAUUCAAAUUCAAGGCAUUCAAAUUACUUUUCUCGUGCUUAUUUAUACCAAAUUCAGUGCAUUCGUAACCAUAAGAUUAUUUAUUGAAAAUAUCCCUAGUAGAUGAGAUCUAAUCCUAGAUGAUCUCAAACUCCCGGCUAGUUCUUGGAUCGAGACGUUUCGAGAUUUACAAACGGAUUGAAUUAUUUUUUUGUUUACUUUCACUAUUUGAAUGAAGUUCUUGUUAUCCAUAUUUAACUUAACAAUUAUUCGCUGAAGGCGAAGUGAAUAUAAUCGGGGAAUAUUUWCCUCGCCGCUCGACAUUUAUAGUAUUUUUUAACACAAGUGAAUUUAACGGAGAGAGAGUAUUUUUGUCUUUUCAAUCUAAUUUUAAUUAUCUUUGUGAGAGCGGCACAAAUCCACAAACGAGCGUGCGCGUGCGCGAGUGGUGAAUAUAGCAGCAUUAGACGUAAAUUGUGACCAAUGAGCGCGCCGGAUUUGUUAUAUUCACUUGUGUAAAGAUACUAAAUAAUUAUAUUACUUUAUCUUUAAUAUCGAUGAACCAAUCAAUUAUCCUUAAUUAUUUACAAAUUAUUUCACUUGCCUGCAGUUACCUUAGCAAAGGUAUUGUACAUUAUCAUUGAGCAUGGAAUUAUUAUAUAUUGAUUGAAAAUGUAUUGAAAAUGUUAUUGAAAAUUGUAUGUAACUAUGAAUUGAUAACAUCAAUAAGGAAAAUUUAAGGCAAAAAUUGUAUAAAACUAUAAAYUGAUAGAUAUCAAUCAUUCAGUUUAGUCUUUUUGUGGUUAUACACCUAUUUUAUAAAAAUGCUGAUAUAUUUUAAGCAUUUAUCAUCAAAUUAUCUUCAGACAUUAAUGCUCGUCGCUUCGUCCAUGAUGAAGUUGGCGGCUAGAAAUCCAUCCUCAUUAGCUUCGGUUUAGUGUACGAUUGCUUCAUGAUACAACAAACUGGAAGGAUAAAUAAUAACAGAGCUUG